UGCUCACUCAUCGCAUAAGGCUGCCUCAACGCGUAAGGCUCUCUAAAUGGUGCUUCUACUAGAAUACGCUGUGUUCGGCUUGUUGGUAGCAGUGAAUUUAUUCGUUGGUCUUUAUUUCUCACUGCGGAGGAGGGCCUAUUCCACCGGAGGUGGCUCAAUGAAGGAUGAGGUUUUUCUCGGAAGUCAUGUGCUUGGUAUCCUUCCCCUUGCGGCUUCAUCAGUGGUAUCGCUGUACUCGUCCGCCGGACUGGUUGCCUUUCCGGCACAUUUCUACGCGUAUGGUUGGCACACUCUAUUUUUAUCUUUUGCGUCCUUUCUUUUUUUGCCUCUCGCUACGAACGUUGUCGUGCCGCUGCUCUAUGGACUAAGAAUUACGUCAAUAUUUCAGUAUAUUCGCCUACGAUUCAACAAAGCCAUUGCACUGACGGCAAGCGCCAUCUAUAUUUUUCUUUCGCAAAGUUGUGGUGCCAUCUCUAUUCUUGCAGCAUCAGUCAUGCUGGUCAAAGUGUUCAAUGCUCCCCUGUUGUGGUGCAACAUCGCUAUCGGGCUUUCUGGAACGAUCUACACAGCACUGGGAGGGCUUCGUGGAGUGGUGUGGACAGACUGCACGCAGUUCAUCAUUAUCAUGGUCGCACCAACUGCCGUGUUUGCAAAAAUAAUGGUGGAUGCCUUCUCUCCAAACUCAACUAUUCAGCCACUGAGUGAUAUGGACGUCGGUAUGUACAUUGGAAACUUCAUGUUUGACCUGACCAGUGAUGAAAACGUAUGGUCCUGUUUAGUGGGAGCCUCAGGAAUUGGAAUGUAUCGGCUCUGCCUUGACCAAAUGGUUGUCCAGCGAAUAAUGGCAUCUCGGACAGUGAAGAAAGCUCAAAGAACCGUAAGCUUCGGUGCCCUUUUACUUCUUCUUCCAUAUCUUACCUGCACAUUAUUAGGCAUCGCAAUAACCAUAUGGUAUAGGGGAUGUGAUCCCGGACUCUCUGGAGCGAUAAAAAGCAUUGAUCAGAUUAUACCCCACUAUAUUACUACUGAACUUGUAAGUAUACCGGGAUUCGUAGGGCUCUACCUGGCGGGCGUAGUAAGCGCAGGAACAAGCACAAUAUCCUCGGCGAUAAAUUCUCAAGCAGCAAUACUCUACGUUGACGUCAUCUCUCCCGCAUACAAACGAGCAGACGAGCACGUGCUGCUAAUUACACGCUGCACCGCAUGUGGUCUGGGAGGUAAAGGAGGUGAUAACGAUGAGAGAGCUGGCAAACGCAUCGAGGAGGCACUACUGCUAUCCGUCGUAUCGGCGGCACCAGCUUCGGACACGCAACGACCAGCUACAGAGGCUAUCACGACAGCGACUGACAGUGCAGAUUACAUCUACCGCCGCAUAACACUGGAUCCAGUCAGCGCCACAAAGGGAGCCUGGGGAGUGACGUCACCAGUGAAGCUGCUUAUAUACCCGACGCUGAUGACCGAAAACUUCAGCACUACUGCUAUCCGUCGUAUCGGCGGCACCAGCUUCGGACACGCAACGACCAGCUACAGAGGCUAUCACGACAGCGACUGA